GGUUUGUUUUUGUAUAUGACAAGAUUAUCAUAAUUUAAUUACGACAUUUGACAGUUUUAAUAAACAAUAUUUAAUUAUACAUAUCCUGUCUUGUGACAUUGUCAAUAAAAUUAAUUGUCUUUUGAUCAAAUAAUUCAUACAAAAUAUUAUUUAAUUAAUUAUUAAAAAAAUAUAAUAACAACAAUUAAUAAAUAAUAUCUGUUAAAGUGUUUUCUAACCUGUCAAAUAAAAAUACAGUCAAAUAAUAACGACGUAGAUUAUUUGUGUGUGUUUUACAUGUGACAUUACAACCUUGAAAAAAAAUAUAAUACAUGAUUACCACUGAUUACAGUGAAUUAAACAUAUAUUGCAAUAUAUUGUCAUACUUGCAUGUUGUUGUUAUAUCAAAUUCAAGGGGAGAAUAAAAAAUAUUAACAAUGCUUUAUAUAAAUUCUUUACUCAACUUAAGAUCAAAGGGAAAUUAUUGACAAUUUCAAUUUGACAAAUGAUGACAUCACCCUGGCCAUGAGUCUCACGAUACAAGAUAAAUUAUAGGAUGUAAAACUAAUGUUUUGCGAAACUAUAAUAUUUCGCAUAUUUUUUUUAAAAAUAAUCUCAUUUACACAUUAACAUUUAUACUAUCUUUAAAAAGAUACCAACAAGUGAAGAAAAAAUUAUAAAAAAAAGAUUAUUUAUUACAAUUACAACAAAGAUAAUUAAUUAUAAAAAAUGUUUAAUUAUUUUCGAGGAUAUUGUAUUUUAAUAUGGCUAAUGGCAACAAGUACCUAUGUGUCUUUUGUUCAAGGAGACAUAAUGGUAUUUUCAGCAAAGUCAAGAAAUGAAAUUGAGCAACAAUUUAAAGAUGCACCAGCAAGAUUUGGUGAAACAAUACCACUCGAAGGAAUUAGGGGUUUAAUUGUUUAUGCAAAUCCUCCAACAGCAUGUGAAUUAAUUGCUGAACCACCAGAUAGACCAAUUUAUGAAGGUUUUAUUUGGAUUGUUUUAAUAGCUAGAUAUAAUUGUAGUUUUGAGUUAAAAGUACGUAUGGCAGAAAAAGCUGGUUAUGGUGCUGCUAUUAUUCAUAAUGUUGGUAGCAAUGAACUUGAACCAAUGUCAGCAAAACAAUCAUUAGGAAUAACUAUACCGUCCGUAUUUGUUGGUGAAAAUACUGGAAGAUAUUUAAAUUAUAAUUAUCUUUAUAAUUCUAGUUAUUAUGUUUUGAUUGAUAAUGAUAUGCCAUUCAAUAUUAACACGCAUUUACUUUUACCAUUUGCUAUUGUUGUUGGCAUAUGUUUUUUAGUUAUGGUUAUAUUUAUGGUUGUUAGAUGUAUCAAAGAUAGAAGAAGACAACGUAGACAUAGAUUACCAAAUUCAAGCUUAAAAAAAAUACCAACGCACAAAUAUACAAAAGGUGAUCCAUAUGAAACAUGUGCAAUAUGUCUUGAUGAUUAUAUAGAGGGUGAAAAACUUCGUGUAUUACCCUGUGCACAUGCUUAUCAUACAAAAUGUAUUGAUCCUUGGCUGACUAAAAAUAAACGAGUAUGUCCAGUUUGUAAACGUAAAGUAUUUGCUGCUGAUGAAAGAGUUAUAACUGACAGUGAAAGUGAUUCAGAUGCUGAUGAUUCAACACCACUUUUACGAGAUAUGUUAAGUACACGAGGUGGAACUUUUGCUCAACAACGUGAAAAUCCAUUUUCUCGUGCUCGUAGAGCUCAACAACUUAAUGAUUCAACUGCAGCAAGUGGUAGUGAGGAUGUUAAUUAUUCAAGAACUGUUUAUCCUGAAAUGUUAUCACAAAGACGUGAGUCAAAUGCAUCAAGUCAAGAUUCAACUAGUAGCUCAGAUUUAUAUAGAUCAACACCUAGUGAUCACGAACAUGAUGUAACAGAUUUUCUAGUAUCUGAUAAUCAUAGCAUCAAUGUUUGAUUUUAAAGUAAAUGACACUUGGACGUUUUAAUGUCCAGGUGGAUUAGUCGAUUGUGAACGUUCAACUAGCAGCACUAAGCCACACACAGUUUUAUUGUCCAAUAAUGGUGCUGAAGAACAACCAUCAACAGUUGUUUGUGUAACCACAUCUCAAAAAUCAAUUAAUCAAGUGGAUACUGAAGACACAGACUCACGAAAUGAUAUUGUUGUUUAAUGAUUUUUUUAAUUACAAAGAACAAAACAGGGAAAUUUAAAUGAAAAUUAUCUUGAUGAUUCUGGUGUGCUAAACUGAGGUGAAAAAAAAAAUAAAUAAACAUCACAACUUAGUUCAUGAACAAAUGAAAAAUAAACAGAUAGUUAAAAAUUAAAUUGGUGAGUAUUUUUUAUUGCAAUAAUAUCAUUUGCUUCAAUUUAAAAUUACAGUUGACUGUAAUUCAAUUCGAAUCAGUUCAAUUAUCUAGACAAAUAGGCCACGUAUGUUUAUUCAUUUGUAGUUGAACGAAUAUUGAACUUUAAUUUCAGUUAAAAAAUAUCGACUAUAUGCAAGACAUAUUCUCGAGUAACUCAAAUAUUUUGUUGAAAUUGGAAAAUUUAAAUUUAAUAUAUACGCAAAUAUAUUUUUAUUAAUUGUUUUUUUUUUUCUUUCUUUUUUCUUUUUUAUAAAGUUAUUUAUAAGUUUUUAUUUUCUAGAAAUUGGUGGGCUAAAAGAUAAUUGUGUAUUUUUUUAAUAUAUUUUAUUAUUUUUCAUUUAAAUCGAGGUUAAAGUUUAAACUUAUUUUCUUAAUAUUCGCUAAUACGUAUUGUUUUUUAUUGAGAUAAAAAAAAAAUAAAAAAAAUUUAAACGUACACUGUAAUUGCAAAUAAAUCAAUGAUAAUGAGAAUCACAUAAUCUUAUUAUCUGUUUGUUAUUUACAUUUAGAUAACAUAGAUAACAAUAAUAUUCCUUAAAAUCAAAAAUAAGCUUUGCAACAGUCAAACACAUGAGUUAUAUUUAUCAUCCAGUUAUUUGGAGAUAAUAUAUGAUAAUUAUUAUUAAAUAAAAUCGUCAAUGAAAUUAUAAAUUUA